AUGAUCAAGUGCGAGACAAACGCGAGUGCGAGACAAGCGCGAGUGCGAGACAAACGCAAGUGCGAGACCAAACGCAAGUGCGAGACCAAACGCAAGUGCGAGACCAAACGCAAGUGCGAGACCAAACGCAAGUGCGAGACCAAACGCAAGUGCGAGACCAAACGCAAGUGCGAGACCAAACGCAAGUGCGAGACCAAACGCAAGUGCGAGACCAAACGCAAGUGCGAGACCAAACGCAAGUGCGAGACCAAACGCAAGUGCGAGACAAACGCAAGUGCGAGACCAAACGCAAGUGCGAGACCAAACGCAAGUGCGAGACAAACGCAAGUGCGAGACAAACGCAAGUGCGAGACAAACGCAAGUGCGAGACAAACGCAAGUGCGAGACAAACGCAAGUGCGAGACAAACGCAAGUGCGAGACAAACGCAAGUGCGAGACAAACGCAAGUGCGAGACAAACGCAAGUGCGAGACAAACGCAAGUGCGAGACAAACGCAAGUGCGAGACAAACGCAAGUGCGAGACAAACGCAAGUGCGAGACAAACGCAAGUGCGAGACAAACGCAAGUGCGAGACAAACGCAAGUGCGAGACCAAACGCAAGUGCGAGACAAACGCAAGUGCGAGACCGAACGCAAGUGCGAGACCGAACGCAAGUGCGAGACCAAACGCAAGUGCGAGACCAAACGCAAGUGCGAGACACAACGCAAGUGCGAGACAAACGCAAGUGCGAGACCAAACGCAAGUGCGAGACCAAACGCAAGUGCGAGACCAAACGCAAGUGCGAGACAAACGCAAGUGCGAGACCAAACGCAAGUGCGAGACCAAACGCAAGUGCGAGACCAAACGCAAGUGCGAGACCAAACGCAAGUGCGAGACCAAACGCAAGUGCGAGACCAAACGCAGGUGCAUCUCACGCUGCGUCUACCGCUGCGGAUUAACGCCGCGCCCUAA